ACACAUUCUCAGUUCACCCUGUCUGGGAGGAGGAAUCAAAGCUCAAUGAUUGACCACAUGUUUUGCAUGGAGAAGGUCUUAGGUUCAAUAUCCCUAAUAUCUUCAGUUAGUUAGCCAGUGAUGAGAGGACUUCUGCCUGAGACCUUGAAGAGCCACUGUCAGUCAGAGUAGACCAGCCUUCUCCAACCGUCCAGAUGUUUUGGUCUCCAGGUUCCAUUAUCCCUGACCAUUGGCAAUGUUGGCUGAGGCUGAUUGGAGUUGUGGUCCAACACCACUGGGAGACAUCAGGUGGAGGAAGGCUGAAUACUGGGAGGCUCUCUCAGUGGUGAGUGAAGAUCAGUCUCUCUUUGAUUCCACCUACGGAGCUGCUGCCCAUCUCCCAAAAGCAGACAUGACAGCCUCAGGGAACCCUGAUUAUGGCCAGCCUCACAAGAUCAACCCUUUACCUCCCCAGCAGGAGUGGAUCAAUCAGCCAGUGCGAGUCAAUGUUAAGAGGGAAUAUGAUCAUAUGAAUGGAUCCAGGGAGUCCCCAGUGGAUUGCAGUGUUACCAAAUGUAGCAAGCUGGUUGGUGCUGGGACAGAAUCCAACCCCUUGAAUUACGGCACCUACAUGGAUGAGAAGAACGGCCCUCCUCCCCCCAACAUGACAACCAAUGAGAGGAGAGUCAUUGUUCCAGCAGAUCCCACAUUAUGGACCCAGGAACAUGUACGUCAAUGGCUGGAAUGGGCUAUAAAAGAGUAUGGUCUAAUGGAGAUUGACACCAACCUCUUCCAGAGCAUGGAUGGGAAAGAACUCUGCAAGAUGAACAAGGAGGAUUUCCUCCGGACCACUUCCCUCUACAAUACGGAAGUUCUGCUAUCUCACCUCAGUUACCUCAGGGAAAGUAGCUCCUUGCUGUCUUAUAACACACCAGCGCACACAGAGCCAUCCUCUCGACUCAAUGCCAAAGAAGAUGCCUCCUAUGAUGCAAUCAGGAGAUCAGGAUGGGGCAACAGCAUAAAUUCCAGCCACAACAAAAGUCCUCCUCUGGGAGGGACACAAGCUGUGAGCAAAAAUGUGGAGCAACAGCGGCCCCAGCCAGAUCCCUACCAGAUUUUAGGACCCACCAGCAGCCGUUUAGCCAACCCAGGGAGUGGGCAAAUCCAGCUCUGGCAGUUCCUACUUGAGUUGCUGUCUGACAGCUCAAAUGCCAGCUGUAUCACGUGGGAAGGAACCAAUGGGGAAUUCAAGAUGACAGACCCCGACGAGGUGGCCAGGCGCUGGGGAGAACGCAAGAGCAAGCCCAACAUGAAUUACGACAAGCUGAGCCGAGCCCUCCGAUAUUAUUAUGACAAGAACAUUAUGACCAAAGUGCACGGGAAGAGGUAUGCCUAUAAAUUUGACUUUCAUGGCAUUGCCCAAGCACUCCAGCCUCACCCGACUGAGUCGUCAAUGUACAAAUAUCCUUCGGAUCUCUCUUACAUGCCUUCGUAUCAUGCACACCAGCAGAAAGUGAACUUUGUGCCUCCGCACCCUUCCUCGAUGCCUGUCACUUCCUCCAGUUUCUUUGGAGCGGCAUCACCAUAUUGGACUUCCCCUACAGGAAGUAUUUACCCAAAUCCCAAUGUACCGCGCCAUGCCAACUCCCAUAUGCCAUCACACCUGGGUAGCUACUACUAGAUGCUUUUCACCUUUGGUGGCCUUUCUCAGUUGGACUGGAUGUUCUCUUCCAUUCAUGGAUUGAACCUUUCUUGAUGGACAUUUGCCUUGUCAUUGGGAAGAAAGCUGAAAAACUGGAUAUUAUUAUUAUUUUUAUUAUUUUUAUUAUUGGAGUAAACCUUUUUAUUGUUGUAAUUUUGCCUCUUUUGUCUCGGAUAGUCAGAUGGAUUCUCCAGUGGGCCAGUAUUAUAGUUUUAUUUUGGUUCUAAGCCUUAUAUCCUCUCUAGAUCCAAGCUGAACGCUUUACAGAAUUUGCAGUGAUUAUCACUUCAGAUCAUAGGCAAAGUGUUGUCAAAUCCAAGGCUUUUUUUUUUUUUUUUUUGAGAGGGGGGGAAAAGACCAAGACCUCUACGUCUUAGAAGAUUCAUAUUUGUUUGUUCCAGACUAAUGGCAAUGACAAGUUUUUUUCUUGUUCGGGGCAGAAGCAGGAGAAAUGUCAUAUAUUAUAGGACCUAGUUUGGAAACACCCAACUGGAAUCUUAGCUUUAAAGCCAAUUAAGGCUUGUGGCUUUUCACCCAACUGGAAAAAAAAGAGAGAGAGAGAGAGAUAAAUAAAUAAAUAUAUAUAUUCGUAUAAAUAAAUAUGUAUAUUUUAAGACAAGGGCAUUGAAAGGACCUUUCAAGAAUGUGCAUUGUAUUAUAACAGUUUUGUUAAUAUCUUCAGAAGCAUCUGAGACCAAGAAAAAAAGAAGACGUUAUAAUGGGUUGCGGACAGAUAUUCUUAUGAAUGCAAAAUGGAACUAAUAUAAAUGACAGCAGCUCCCCAAGCUUUGCCAGAGUUUCAGGGGUUGCAAGAACAUAACCGAUUCACGAACGCUGUGCGUUUGUCAGACCGCUACUCAGAGGGUCAACAAAGUCAGAAGGCAACUUACUGUAUAAAUUAUGCAGAGUUAUGUUUUUACCUAUAUCUCACAGUAUUAAAAGAGAAAAGAAAGAUGAAAACUAAAACGAGUUGACCUCGGUCACAAGUGCAGUUGUUUGUUUUUUACUAUCAAAUCCAUUGUUGUUUUUUUAAAGAAAUGCAAUU